GCGUUGCACCGAGAGGGCGGCGUCGUGUGCUUCGUACUUGGAGGCGAGGGUUCGCUUCGCCAUGACACCCAGCGUGUCGGCAGGGCCGACCUCGACGAUGCGCUCCGUCGUCUUCUCGCCGAGGACGACAUCCUGCGUCUCGAUCCACCUCACGGGCGAGGCGAAUUGGUAUGCGAGCAGCUCGAUGAGCAGCGUGUGCGAGAGCUCUUGCUCGACCUCGGGACGCAUGGCGGCGGCGGGAGGGGUCUAGGCGGAGGGAGGGGAGAAGAGGAGGUGUGAGAGCGCUCGACACGCAAUGGGGUAUCUAGAGGAAAGAAAAGAGCGAUGGGUAUCUCAAGGGUCCACGAAGGGAAGGGGCAGGCGGCGGGGGUGCGACCGUGCCGGUAUUAUUGCGGUGAGCCUGGACAGAGCUUGAGGAAGCUUGAGCUGGCACAGCUCAGAGGGCGACCCACGGUUGGGCCUGGAUGCGGAAAGUGGUUCGACAGGUGCGGGAGGUUCAGGAAGGGAAGCGACCCGGCAUUGGCUGUUUAUCUCUCGGGGAACACUCGUUGGCGACGCCAGCCGUCCCUGUGCAUCGCUACAUUCUCUAGACGCAUCCUGCACGCCCAACCGUCCGUCCAGACCCCCCGGCUGCUUAGCGGGCCCAAGCCGACCCUGAGCGAGCGACACCUCGAAAAAAGUCGACGAGCAACCACGCCGUCGUAUUUACCCACCCCAUCCUCCUCCCGCCCGAGCUUGACCCUCUCCCCUCCCUCAAUUGCCCUCACCGCUCCCUCUUUGUGAUUACCUAUACCCUGGUGCGAGUGCCGCGCCCGCAGUUUCUGUCUGCGCUCCGCCUCCGCACCUCUGUCGUCGCAAGGGAGCUGUAGUCGUCCGAUUGCAGCGCCGACUAAUUCCCCACCGUUGCUGGAGAUU